AUGUGCUCAGAGACCUCCAUCUUCCAGUUCUUCGCUUCAAAGUGCUUCCUUUUGACGCUUGGUUUGGUGAUUAUCCAAACAUGCGGUUCGGAUACAUCCUUGCAAGUUAUGUACGAUAGACUUGAGCAGUUUAAUGGCUCAGAAUAUUUAGAUGCAAGUAAAUUGCGAAUUCGCAAAUUCAACCGAACUAUGUCCGUAUUGGACGGAGAAUUUGAACUGUUUCAUGAUCUAGACGACAAUUUUGCAUUCACGCUGGUACUGUCGUACAGUGUACUGGGAAACAAUCAGUUCAUCCGUUCACCAUUCCGAAUUCCAUUGCAAAAGUUCUGCCGGUUUCUCAACACAACCUACAGAGACUAUCGGGAGUUUUAUCGGAACACCACCAAUUUUCCCGAUGCCGGAACGUGUCCGUGGCCGGCACAGAUGUACUACAUCAAGAAUAAAGUCUUGGACGCCAAUUUAAUCAAUAAGUAUUUUCGGCCAGGUCUCUGGAAGGUGGACAUAUUGGUUUACAAAGCCAAAGAAAGCUUUGCUAUAUUCGCAACGGAAUUAUUUUUCAAAGUUGUACGAGGCGACAUGUCAUAG